GGUGGACCAGGGACGUGCACCCGCGUGAGGGAGGGGCAUGGACAGCCCGGGCGCUGUGGCCGCACACCUGCAGGAGUGCCUGCACCUGCUGCAGCAGCUGGCAGUGGCUCCGGGCGCACCUGCACGGGAACAGCGCGGGGACAAGGACCAGCCACACGGAGCUGCACUCCCCGGCGAGCUGCGGACCCUCCUCCAGGAGGCCAAGGACAUGGCGUGGCCCUUCGUGCCCGAGAAGUGGCAGUACAAGCCGGCCGCCAGCCCCGAGGACAAAGCCAACCUGCAGGACCUGGUGGGCGCCGGGCUGCAGCAGCUACUGAUCAGUGACUUAGACGUCCAGGCGCCCGAGACCCGGCAGGUUCAGUCAGAGCAGCAGACGCCGAAACACACGAUCUGGUCCCAGGAAGGGCCAGCCGCGCUCUGGAAACUUUUAAAAGCCGAGGUCAUCCUGAGCAGUUUGAUCAGCAACAAGGGAGCCACAGGCUCCUGGCUGUACAGACACGAGAGCGACCGGGUCCUGGUGCAGUCCGUCUGCGUGCAGAUCCGAGGGCAGAUCCUGCAGAAGCUGGGGAUGUGGUAUGAAGCAGCGGAGCUAAUCCGGGCCUCGAUUGUGGGGUAUCUGACGCUUCCUCAGCCGGACAGGAAGGGCAUCUCCACCUCGCUGGGGAUACUGGCCGACAUCUUCGUGUCCAUGAGCGAGCACGACUACGAGAAGUUCAAAAACAACCCCCACGCGGCCUUGGGCCUGACGCGGGACUGUGCCCACCGCCUGCUGUCGGCCGCCGAAGCCUGCAAGCUGGCCGCCGCCUUCAGCCCCUACACACCCCUCUUCGUGCUCACGGCCAUGAAUAUCCGGGGCACGUGCCUGCUGUCCUACACCAGCGCCAGCGCCUGUCCCCCCAGGAUGCGGGCGGCGUAUCUGGGCGACGCCAGAGAGGCCUUUGAAAUCGGCCUCAUCAUGCGCGGGAUCGCGCAGGUGAAGGACCUGCUACAGGCCCAGAGCUUCCCGAGUUUGGAAGACGGGGCGUACGUCCCCGCGGGCUUCACGCGCGGGCUGGACAGGCCCCUCCUGCUGGGGCCCGUGGACUUCCAGGCGGUCCUCCAGGCCCACGCCCAGCACCACGCCUCGGUGUGCGAAGUGUUUGAAAGCAUCUGUGGAAACAAGAAAAGUGAACAGAAGGCCCCAGACACGGGCGUCUGCAUCACGGCACUGAGCACGGACACACGGGGCACGGACUCCGUGAGUGCGGAGGGUGGGCCGUGUCUCCAAACAGGCGGGGGACUGUCCCCCUCGCAGGCGGUUACAAGGAGUCUGGAGGCGCCCCAGCGGGCGGGGAGGAGGGACUGGAUCCAUUCGGAUGCAUUCCACGUCUCCCUGGGCCCAGACGUGGAGACCGAGGCCGCGUUUCGAGGCCACGGCGGCGGGGACGCUGCUCUGAGUUGCAGCGGGAGCUCCAGUCCCUGGAGCAGGCUGUCCGGGCGCAGCUCCUCCUCCAGCUGGGAGGAGGUGGACGCCCACGUGGACAGCAGGUCACCCUGCCGAGCGCCCGGCAGGGAAGGCCCUGUGGACACUCGGGGGCCCGCUGCUGGGGCGGGAGAGCCGGGCAGCCGUGGGGACAGAGCAGCUGUGCGUGCUCUGUCUUCGGAGCUUCGAGGCCUCUCUUUCCCGAUGCGCGAGGAUGGCCCUUCCAGGUCCUCUCCGAAUCACAUGCCCUCGGCCGCCUGCCCUCCUGGGAGCACCACGGGCGCUCACGUGGCCCGGCUGGCGGAGGGAGGCCCAGAGGCAAGGCAGGCAGGCAGAGCCACGGGUCCCGGAGGCACCUCCGCCCACCCCGGGCCCUCGCUGGGGUCUGUGUCUGGGUCUUCUGGUUCCCGUGGGUCCCAGAGUGCGGCCCCACGGCCUUCAUUCCAAGCAGAAGAGACCUUGGAGAUAACGGACGAGUUUCCAGCGGUCGGUGGCGAUGCCGCACACGGGUCUGGAGAGGAGCCAGGAGCAGGACGCCCACUAGGAGCAGGCCCUGCGUUUAAAGGGAGUCCCUCCAGGGGGACCCCAGAAGAAGCCGUCGAAUCCCAUGGAGUCCUGGGCGAUUCUCUGGGCGCAAGCCCCGCGAUGGCGAUGGCACGUCACCCUGCCAUGUCGCCGUGGCCCAUUCAAUACCCCGAGUCAGGACACAGCGGGGGCCCCGUCCAAGAGGAGGAGGUGGACCCCGAUGCCUCCACCGUGGACGAGGGGGGACAGCUGCUGGACCCCACCGGGCCACGGGGCUGCCCCAGGCCGUGCGCUCCGAGGCCGCCCCCUGCCUCCGGGAGCCAGGAGGCCUGCACCAGCACGGAGGAGGGGAACCAGCCCGUCCAGCUCAGCCUCAGUGGCAGCGACAGCGGCAGCUCUGGCUCCUCCUGGGGGAGCUGGUGGAGGCUGCCCACUGCGUCCAGGGGGUCCUCCGAGGGGGGCGAGCCCUGGUCCUUCCUGAACUCCAGCGGGAGUUCCUUCGGGUCGUUGGCGGGAGAGACGCGGCAGGAGACGCUCGAGGCUCGCACACUGCAGCCCCACGACCUGGAACAGCUCCUGGCCGGCGUGACGCAUGACUGGCUGCUCCAGAGGCUGGAGGGCACAGGGGUGUUCAGGCCCAGCCGCCUGCACCAGGCGUACGAUGCUCUUUUGUUGAAAUAUUCCAAGAAGUCGGAGCUGUGGACGGCCCAGGAGACUGCUGUGUACCUGGGGGACUACCUGGAGGUGACGAAGAAGGGCAGACAGAGAAACGCCUUUUGGGUUCAUUAUCUCCAUCAAGAAGAAACGCUGGGAAGGUACGUUGGGAAGGCGUAUAAGGAGCCGAAGGCGCUGUGGCUGCACUUCGCCGACGUGGAGCGCCAGGCGACCGCCCAGCACUACGUGACGGAAUUCAACAAGCGACUUUAUGAGCAGCAGAUCCCGACCCAGAUCUUCUACGUCCCCUCCGCGGUGCUGCUGAUUUUAGAGGACGAGACGAUAAAAGGGUGUGUCAGUGUGGAGCCUUACAUCCUGGGGGAGUUUGUGAAGUUAUCCAAUAACACGCAAGUGGUGAAGACCGAGUACAAAGCCACCGAAUACGGCUUGGCUUACGGCCACUUUUCUUACGAGUUUUCCAACCACAGGGAUGUCGUAGUCGAUUUACAAGGCUGGGUGACCGGCGACGGGAAGGGGCUGCUCUACCUGACAGACCCCCAGAUCCACUCGCUGGGCCGAAGAGAGGUCACCACCAACUUUGGGAGCCGGGGCAUCUCCUACUUCUUCAACCACCAGCACGCGCAGUGCAACGACAUCUGCCGGCAUCUCUCCCUGACCAGACCACCAACGGAAACACGGAACAACUCGUAGGCUUUCUGGGGAUGCGGCAGCCUCGAGAGCCGCUCACGGGGACCAGGUCCCCCUCUCCAGGUGCACAGGGGCCAGCGCAGCCUGGUCCCGGGGGCUGGGGGCCUGGGGCAGGGCUGGCCAAGGAUGGCGAGAGGAACCGAUGAGUCCAUUUCAGGGUCACACUUGGACCUGUGCCAGACCCUGGGGUCUCUCUCCCUCUUCCACUUACCCCUCUCGGCCAUCUCCCCAAAUAAAUGUCUGCAC